AUGGCCAGCGCCCGCGCGGAGGCGCAGGAUGGCGCCCCGGGCGGCGGGCCGCCGUCGCGCGCGGGCCCGGCGCGGCCUGGGGGCCGCGCGCUUCUGGCGACGUUGGGCGCCAACGCGGCCCUGCUGGGGCUGUGGCAGCUGGACCGGCGGGGCCAUUUCGCCCGGUCGGUUUCGCGGGCGCUGCGGGCGCACGCGCUGUGCAGCCGAGAGCACCUGCGCGCCGGCAGGGUGCACACGCUGCUGACGAGCACGGCGUCGCACCAGUCGGUGGCCCACUUCGGCAUCAACUGCUACGGCCUGGUCGUCUUCGGUGGCCUGGCGGCGGAGAAGCUGUCGGAUUCGGAGCUGUUCGGCCUUUUCGCCACGUCAGGCGUCGGCGCGUCCCUCUGCCACGCCCUGGGGCACCCACGGAGCGCCGUCCUCGGCGCCAGCGGGGCGCUCAUGGGCGUGGUGGCCGCCGACGGCCUUCUCGAGCCCUCGAGGCGCUUCCGGAUGCUGCUGCCCGUGCCGGGCCUGGAGCUGACGAUGCUGCAGGUGGCUGACCUCGUCGCGGCGGCCAACGCCCUCGGCCUCCUCCUGCUGCGCGCCUGGCUGCCCGCCGCUCACGCAGAGUUCUGCCACGCGGACUGGGUGCGCACGGCGGACAGCCUGGACGCCGGGCUCGACGAGCUCGCGUCGAGGCUGGACCGGGCGCUCGCCGCGGAGCGCCCGGUCCUGCCGAGCGAAGGGUGCCUGCUCCAGCGUCUGUUCUGUGUCAUUCCAGCUUCUGGCUUGGCCAGGACGCUUGUGUGCUUCUGUGUGCCAGAUCGCCUCAUGGCCUUGGCGGCCAUAUUGACCUUUGCACUUGGGGAGACGGAGCGCCGCCGCCGCAGCAACCUCAUCGGCGAGAACACGGCCUGGGAGACGGAGGGAACCGAGCUGGAGACGGUCGAUGUCAUCGGACAGGGCGCCUUCGGGGUCGUGCACCGGGUGCAGGACAAGAACACGGGGCAGUGCCGGGUCAUGAAGACCGUCAUGCGGCCGCAGGGAUGGGACAACGAGCGCAUGAAGCUCGAGGCCCAGAUCUUGCAGAACCUAGACCAUCCCCACAUCCUGCGCAUCUUUCAGUGGUAUGAGGACGGCGACGCCGUCAACAUCGUGAUGGAGCAUUGCGCUGGAGGUGAGUUGAUGCAGACGGUGCGCCGAGGCAAGAAGGCGGGCGAGGAGCUGCCGGAGAUCUGGGUGGCGAGCGCCAUCGGGCAAUGUCUAGAGGCGCUUGUGUACAUCCACUCCAAGGGCGUGGCGCACAAGGACCUGAAGAGCCAGAAUCUGUUGUUGCUCCUGCCGACGCAGACGCCUGACGGGCGGAUAUUCGGCUCGAUGCCGCACGUCGUGAUCUGCGAUCUAGGCAUCGCGGAGGUGCUCAGCUCCACGGCCUUCGGCCUCGGGGACCUGCGGGGCCACAAGGUCGCAGGCACCCCGGCGACCAUGGCCCCGGAGGUGUGGACAGGAAAUUGUGGCCCGAAGUGCGACGUGUGGAGCAUGGGCUGCGUCAUGUUUGAAGUAUUUUCGAACAAGUUGCCUUUCGAGAUCUCGGGCAGCGUGCAGUCUUUGGCCAAGAAAGGGGUCAAGCGGCUGGAGAUCUACAAGGCUGGCCCGAAUUGGAGCGGGAUGUCGGCGUCCAAAGAAGCCAAGAAUUGUUGCGCGCAGCUCCUGACAUUCAAGGAAUCGGCGAGGCCAUCCGCGGCAGAGGCGCUGAAGCACGCCUGGUUCAGGAUACGCGAGAAGGACAUCAAGCUCAGCGAGCACGAGGUAAAGAUGCUCUGCGAGGCUGUCAACGAGUGGCCGUCCAGGAGCCCGAUGCAACGGGCCAUGUGCCUGAAGAUGGCCGUAGGUUGUACGGCUAUCAGCAAAUUCGCGCGUAUCUUCACAACGUUCGACAAGGACCACAACGGCACUCUCGACUACUCGGAGGUCGUCGUGGCGCUCCACGCGGUCGGCCUCGACAAGGCCGCCGCGAAGAAGUGCGCGGCGGCGCUCGACAUAAACGGAGACGGCUCCUGCGAGUACAUCGAGUUUGCGGCCGCUUGCCUGUGCCUCCUGGAGGAGCAGUUCGACGAGCUCCUGAGGUACGAGUUCCUCAGCCUCGGCAAGCGGAAGAAGAACGCCCUCACCACGCGGGACAUGGCCCCCCUGCUCGCCGAGCUGAGGCCGAUCUGCGAGUCGCACGGCCUGCGCUUGGAGGACAUCGACGCGGACGGCGACGGCAGCAUCUCGUUCGCGGAGUUCUGCGGCUACUUCGGGCGGACGGGCGUGAAAUACGCGCAGGAGCCGGAGAGGCCUUCGCUCACGCAGAAGAGCGCGUCCAGGCUCCCCAUGAAGGAGCAUAUCCGCUUGGUCGGCAACGAGCAGGUGUUGGGCCAUCUGAGGAAGGAGGUCGAGAGGAGCUUCGAGAAAAACUCCGCGGAGUUCCAGAACUACCAGGCGCACCGGGCCAAGGCGGACGAGGACGAGCUCGGGGUCGAGAAGAGGAUCUCGACCGCCAGCAGCCUGCCGCACGCCUCCACAAUCGGAGGUUGCGGCGCCGCGCGUCCCGAGGUGGACGGCGGGGAGGUCGCUCGAUCGACCUCGUUGAAGCGGAGGCGGCCAAG